CAGUAGUUCAGUUGAUCAGUCCAGAGACCAGGAGGAGGCGGAGGAAGACUUAAUGUCGGCUGUCACUCUGAAAUAUACACAUUAAAGAUUGUUCGAGUAGCAAAGUGAGCCAUCACCCACAUCAUGUCCCAGGACAAGAAUGGAUACCCGCUUAUGGGUGAGAACAACCCACUUCACAACAGCGUCUAUGGACCCCCUCAGCAAGGUUUUGGCAUGCCUCCACCCAACUACAGCCAAGCCCCAACAGGACCGUACCCUCCAGCAACUGGCUACGGACAGCCAGGUUUACCCCAGGCAGGCCCAGGUUUCGCCCCUGGUCCCAACCCCCAGGGGCCCUACCCCCAGGGGCCUUACCAGCAAGGACAAGCACAGCCAAGCUUUCCCAAUGACCCAGCGGCCCCUACCGGCAGUCCUGGUUACCAUAACGAUGGGCCUCCUUCUUACUACGACAAUGAAGAGUUCACCAACUCCGGCUUUGAGGACAAGACCAUCAGACGAGCCUUCAUCAGAAAGGUCUUCAUGGUUCUCACAGUGCAGCUGAUGAUCACUUGCUCGUUUGUCGCCAUCUUCACCUUUGUCGACGAGGCCAAGUACUUUGUCCGGCGCAAUCCCUGGACAUACUAUGUGUCCUACGCAGUCUUCUUUGUUUCUCUGAUCGUCCUCAGCUGUUGUGGAGAGUUCCGCCGUAAGCACCCCUGGAACUUGGUUGCACUGUCCAUCCUGACCCUGAGUCUCUCCUACAUGGUGGGCAUGAUUGCCAGCUUCUAUGACACAGAGACUGUCAUCAUGGCCGUGGGCAUCACUGCAGUGGUCUGCUUCACUGUCGUGCUCUUCUCACUACAGAGCAAAUAUGACUUCACUUCCUGUCGGGGCGUGCUGUUUGUUUGCCUGAUCGUGCUGUUGCUCUUCUCCGUCCUGUGCAUCUUCAUCCGCCAUAGGAUCCUGCACAUCGUUUAUGCCUCACUGGGCGCUCUGCUCUUCACCUGCUUUUUGGCUGUGGACACUCAGCUUCUCCUGGGCAACAAGAAGCUGUCUCUGAGUCCAGAGGAGUACAUUUUUGCUGCCCUCAACCUCUACACCGACAUCAUCAACAUUUUCCUCUACAUCCUGGCUCUUGUGGGACGCACCCGUGAAUAAGGCUGCACCUUAAAGAGAAUAGGAAGAGAUAAUCCCUUUAUUGUGAAUGGUUGCUAACAUACUCCCUAACUUUUUCUUCACUUUUUCCCAUGGCACACUUCAUUUCUUCUCCGAUCACACAUACACUUCUUGAAACAGUUGUGCUGUGGAACAGGUGCAGCCUGUCGUAUAAUCCGACUGAGAGGGACACUAUUUAUUUAAAAUAAAUCUAUGAUGGGUCUUUCCCUCAGUCUGACCACUUUGCUUGCUGUUACUGCUUCUACUAACACAGAUGCUACAUUAGUUUGGCUCAGUUCAUACAUGUUAUCCUGUGAAUGCGUGGCCCUCAGCUUUGCCUUGCUGCAGAGAUUAAACUGAAAAAGAGCAGGAAGGUAUUCACAGCGCCGAAUAUUGAUGCAAACUAGUUUUGCCUGAGAAGAAGUUAGUGCUAGAAAUUCCUAUUUUCCCAAAUGUAUCUCACCUUUUGAGCCCGCUGGUGUGAAGUUACUCUGCAUGGCAACAUUGGAAACACAACUAAAGUUGUGUUCUGGUUCUUUAGAGCGACCAGAGGAAUACCUCUAUUACAGCUGUAAAUAGUUAAGUGUAUAACUGUAUAUGAUACCUCAAACCCCUCCCACCUCGGAUGUGUUGAUUUUUUGGGAAAUGUGAACUGACAUUAGGGCACUUACCCAGUACAGUAACUCAAAUAUUGUAUUGGCAAAAGAAUGAAGAUCAGUGUUGGAUGUGACUAACAUGAACAUUAAUUAUUAUUUAUAAACUAUAUAUUCUUACUUAAUUUCUUUUCAUGUUUUGAAAUUAAUUCUAUGAUUCCAAACUGAAUUUUCACUAAUUUGCUCUCAUCCGGUCAUGACGUGAAAUGCACUGCUGUAUAUGUUUUUUUCUCAUGACAACUAAUUUUGAUUUCUGCCCACUUCCAUACCAAGCAGAUCCAAGUUUCAGAACGACUGAGUUUUAACACCAUUAAAAAUGGACGACUGACUUAUAACGUAUUUAUUUAUUGAGCUUGAUGUAGAUAACAGGGUUGCUUUAAGGUUGCUUUUAAGAUGGCGUUGAGGAAGACACCUGCUCAUGGUGUUUGGGGGAAAUUACAAGGACUUUGUGACCUAAAGUGAUUGUGAAACCAUCGUAUACUGGUUAUACUCAAAAGCUAAAGGAGUCAACAGGCACUGGAAGCCAAAAUGCUCACUGCAUGUAAACACACACAACUUGAGAGAUGUAUUUUUAUUUUAGAACUUCUGUUUUGAUUUUACACCUCUUGCAUGGCCCUCUCCUCAUUUGCAUGUGCUGAUAAUGCACACUAUACAGGUAUUCCUGUUUUGGAGAGACACAGUGUUGUUCUGCAGCCCUUUUUUAACUCUUGUGUUUGUAUCCAACUGAUGUGUUAGUGUACAUAGAACUCCUUAGUGGUUUGGUGCGUAUAGGUAAAGUAAUGUUUGGGCUUUGUAGGUCUGUUGGCAUUGUAUAUUUGCAUUAAAUCAAAGUGGAACCACAUUCCUCUACACCGCUGUUUGCUUCUCAUUAAAACAGAUGUGUAAGCGUG